GAGCAAGGUGGGCGGUGACUAGAAGCCCUUCUGCUUAUUGGGCUGUUGAGAGGCGGACGACCGACGACCGGGAGUUUCUUUUCUGCGCUUGUGCGUUUUCUAUUCGGCUUCCUUCCAGCUAGCGGGGCCACGAGGGUUGCUAGGCAACAGCCCCUGGGUGACUUGGUCUUAGGGUCCUGUCCGGCUUGGGGCUGAUGAAAGGAGCUGUCCGCGCCCGGGCUCUUCCGAGAAGUGGUUGCUGACAGCCACAAAGUGAAAGGGAGGGAGGCGGCGUGGACGAGUAAGGAGUGACAGUGAGGAUUCACAUUUGGGUUAUUUCAAGAUGAGCUUCCUACUGCCCAAGCUGACUAGCAAAAAGGAAGUAGACCAGGUGAUAAAAAGUACUGCUGAGAAGGUGUUGGUUCUCAGGUUUGGGAGAGAUGAAGAUCCUGUCUGUCUGCAGCUAGAUGAUAUUCUUUCUAAGACCUCUUCUGACUUAAGUAAAAUGGCUGCUAUAUACCUGGUAGAUGUGGACCAAACUCCAGUUUAUACACAGUAUUUUGACAUCAGUUAUAUUCCGUCUACUGUCUUUUUCUUCAAUGGGCAGCAUAUGAAAGUGGAUUAUGGAUCUCCAGAUCACACUAAGUUUGUGGGAAGCUUCAAAACCAAACAAGACUUCAUAGAUUUGAUUGAAGUAAUCUAUCGAGGAGCAAUGAGGGGGAAGCUUAUUGUCCAAAGUCCUAUUGAUCCCAAGAAUAUUCCCAAAUAUGACCUUCUCUAUCAAGACAUUUAGUACAUUAAUUGCUGUCAAAGAUGAAGAAAAAGGCACAUCUUGACACAGUACCUGAAUCCAGCUGUGCUGUGUUUCUGGAGUCCUUUGGAAACAUGUGUCCUAGAGGAGAAGAGGUUUGACUUGCGUGUAGAAAACCUGGCCCCUGAGGAAAAGACGCCACUGGUUCUCUGAUGACAUGGGAUGCCUCACUGUCUACUCCCUGUGAGCCUCAGAGCAGCCAAGUCAUUGGUGUUCAUUUUCCCCGCAGUGAUUUUUGUAACUUCCCUUUCUAAUGUUUUUCUUUAUCCCUUUAAUACAGAAUCCUCCCAAACAUUGGCUAGUACAAUUUGAUUUCAUCAUGUUCAUUUGAUACACAAGUGAACUGGAAAGUCACUUCACAUAGAAGCAAAAGUACUCAUUUUCUACCCUAGCUGGGUGCAUGCGUGCACACACACACACACACCCCUUUGCUGAUUCCUCCACUCAUACGUCCCUCGUGCUUUCCCAUCUCCAGUCUGUAUUACCAUAGUUUCUCUUCAAAUAAUUAAUUGAGCAGACAAGUUUGUUUUGUUUUGGAGCCUUUUUGGCUCUGGCUUUUAAACAUUGUGCUGGUUGGCUCAUUUAAUUUUUUUUUUUUUUUUUUUUUUUUUUUUUUUUUUUUGAGACAGAGUCUUGCUCUGUCACCCAGGCUGGAGUUCAGUGGCGCGAUCUCGGCUCCCUGCAAGCUCCACCUCCUGGAUUCAUGCCACUCUCCUGCUUCAGCCUCCCAAGUAGCUGGGACUACAGGCGCCCGCCACCAUGCCCGGCUAAUUUUUUGUAUUUUUAUAGAGGCGCAGUUUCACCGUGUUAGCCAAGAUGGUCUCAAUCUCCUGACCUCAUGAUCUGCCCUCCUCAGCCUCCCAAGUGCUGGGAUUAUAGGCAUGAGCCACCACACCCGGCCCAUUUAAUUAUCUUUUAUGUUAUAAAAUUUAAUAUGAAAAGUGAGAAUUUGAACCUUCACCAUCUACCACUCUAUUCAGGUAAAAUAAUGAAUGAGCCACCUUUAGCAGGAGCAGAUUUUUCCCAGAAGCUGCUGCCUCUUCCUGAGGCAGAAAAUUGUAUUACUAAGGCUCAAAACUAAAAGAGAUGUCAGCAUUGUUAGAAAGAAAUGUCACCUGUAUGGGAUUUGCCUGUUUUAAUAACUUUGUGAGGAAUUCUUGCUCUUCUAGGGGUGCCUGGUGCAACUGUGGGCAAGUUACUGCUCCUCUUUAAACCUCAUGGUGGUUAUUGAAACAGAUUUAUUAGAAGGAGAGGGUAGGCAGAGAGCUGGAGAGCCAUGGGCGAGGCAGCUUGUGACCUGCCUAGCAGCCGCUGACCUCCUCGCCAACAGAAGCCCAGUCCUGUUCAGAGCAGCACUGUCACUGCAAGCCCAGCCCGCUUUGCCAGGGGCUCCAUUCCACCCCUUUCCUGCAGGGAGGGGUGCCAUGAGUCUUGCUUCUGGCUCAUACAGGAGAGAGGGAAGGCUGCCAGGCACUGCUUGUGUCCCUGCUGAUAAAAGGAGGGAGUCAUUCCAGAAAUAAAACAAAAGGAGAGGAGGAGGCCAUCACCUCUGUCCUCUUCCAUCAUACACUUCCUGUCUCUGAUUUAAUCAUGAUGCAUGGAGCUACAACAGCCAUCUUAGGUCCACGAGGUGCCCAGCAUCAGGUAAAACAUCAAUAUGCUAAGAAGAACAAAAAGAGCCCGAUCCCUGAUGUUAUUGAGCUCUGGCUUGAACUCUGGACCUGCCUCCCUCAGACUUCUGUGAAAGAAUAAAAUUUCUUUUUGCCUAA